AUAUUAAAGAAAUACCCCAAAACUGUAUAUGAAUGAUUAGAUGGAAUAGCAGUGAAGCUCAAGUAUGCGACUCAAUUCGUCUCUUGAAUCAUCAUCGGCCUAAGAAUUCGUUCGAAGAACUUCAAUUUGUACUCUCACUAUUUCCUCUCAAAUCUUAAUGCAUUAUCAUCAGCGACCCUUUUGAAUUUUUGAUUGAGAUUUGAGACUUAAUUCAUCAAAUUUCCUCCUUCCUACUCCCACAAAAUUCAAGCAAUGGCUUCCCCAGACACCGUCACCGAAAUUGUGUGCGUCACCGGAGCCAAUGGCUUCAUUGGCUCGUGGUUGGUCAAAACCCUCUUGCAGAACCCUCGCUAUGCCUCCAUACAUGCAACCUUGUUCCCAAACUCCGACGCCUCUCACCUCUUUGGACUCCACCUCGACGCCAAAUCCCGAAUCAAGCUCUUCGAGGUCGAUGUGCUCGAUGCCGCCUCCGUUACCCGUGCCGUCGACGGUUGCUCCGGUGUGUUCCAUGUGGCAUCCCCUUGUACCCUCGAAGAUCCUGUCGACCCACAGAAGGAGCUUGUGCUUCCGGCGGUUCAGGGCACUCUGAACGUUCUAGAAGCAGCCAAGAAGUGCAACGUGAAGCGUGUUGUUCUCACAUCCUCAAUUUCCGCUAUAGUCCCAAACCCUCAUUGGCCCCCAAACAGGACCUUCGAUGAGUCCUCUUGGACCGACCUUGAUUACUGCAAGUCGCGGGCGAAAUGGUACCCGGUGUCGAAGACGCUCGCCGAGAGAGGCGCGUGGGAUUACGCGGAGAAGAAUGGGAUUGACAUGGUGGCUAUUCACCCUGCGACCUGUCUGGGUCCUUUGCUUCAGAAUUCGUUGAAUGCUAGUAGUGCUGUGCUUCAACAAUUGCUUGAGGGAUCAAAGGAUACUCAGGAGUAUCACUGGCUUGGAGCUGUGCACGUGAAGGAUGUGGCUAAAGCGCAUGUAUUGCUGUUUGAAAGCCCAAAUGCAUCUGGUAGAUAUCUCUGUACCAAUGGUAUCUAUCAGUUCUCUGAUUUUGCCAACAAAGUGUCCAAGUUAUACCCUGAUUUCCCUGUUCACAGCCACAUGCAGGUUCCCUCCAGAAACUCAACCUGGCUUGGUAGCAUGUGAAGAUGCUGCCAAGAGGCUAAUAGACUUGGGAAUGCUCUUCACUCCAAUUGAAGAUGCUGUACGAGAGGCAGUGGACAGCCUUCUGUCUAGAGGCUUCCUUAAGCUUAAAUGAUGCUAAAUCCUAUUUAUAAGAUUUAGAGAAGGAUUUUUUUUAAUCUUAUUUACAAGUUAUGUCCAUUAAAUGUUUAUCACAAAUUUUCUUUUAUCCAUAUUAAAUGUUGGUGAAAGAAAAUACAUUAUUAAAAUAUCUAUAUUUAAUAUAGGUAAAUUUAAAAAUUUAUUAAAUAUUUGGUUAAAGU